AUGACUAAGAAAGUACUUUUAUUGGGUUCUGGGUUUGUUGCCAAACCAACCGUUGAUAUUUUAGCUGAAACAUCCGAUGUUGAAGUCACAGUAGCCUGCAGAACAUUAAACAAGGCUAAAGAAAUGGCUGGCACAAAUGCCGAAGCAAUUUCAUUAGACGCUACAGAUGAAGAUGCUUUGGAAUCAGAAAUAGCUAAGUUUGAUUUGGUAAUUUCUUUAAUUCCAUAUGUUUAUCACGUCAAUGUCGUAAAGGCUGCUAUUAAGACGAGAAAACAUGUAGUUACUACUUCUUAUAUCAGUCCUAAAUUAAAGGUUUUGGAAAAGCAGAUUGAAGAUGCGGGAAUUAUUGUGAUGAAUGAAAUAGGUUUGGACCCCGGUAUUGAUCAUCUAUAUGCUGUUAAAACGAUCGAGGAAGUUCAUCAACAAGCAGGGCAAAUCAAGUCGUUCCAUUCAUAUUGUGGUGGCGUACCAGCACCAGAAAGUUCCGAUAAUCCACUAGGACUUAAAUUUUCUUGGUCCCCAAGGGGAGUGAUAUUGGCUUUAAGAAAUACUGCAAGAUACUGGCAAAAUGGCGAGAUUCAGCAAGUUGAAUUCAAAGAUUUGAUGGCUACUGCUGAGCCCUACCUCAUCUAUCCCGGAUUUGCCUUUGUUGCUUAUCCUAAUCGAGACUCAACUGCUUAUAAAGAUUUGUAUAACAUCCCCGAAGCUGAAACGGUCAUAAGGGGGAAUUUAAGGUUCCAAGGAUUCCCGGAGUUUAUCCAAGUUCUAAUCGACAUUGGAAUCCUAACUGACAAUGGCUCUGAAGCGUUUACCAAGCCAAUUCCAUGGAAAGAAGCCAUUUCCAUUUUGGUUGGAGCGCAAAACUCUGACGAGUCCGCCGUUAUUUCCAGAAUCGAGUCACUCACCACUUUCGCCAACGAGCAAGAUAAAGCUCGGACGCUCAGUGGGUUGAGAUGGCUCGGACUAUUCUCGGAUACUCCCAUCACCGCCAGGGGAAACCCACUAGACACUUUCUGCGAAACCUUGGAAGAACUAAUGCAAUACAAGGAAGGCGAACGGGAUAUGGUUUGCUUGCAGCACAAGUUUGGUAUCCAAUGGGCUGAUGGCUCCAAAGAAACCAGGACCUCUACUUUGGUUGAAUACGGUGACGUGAAGGGUUACUCUGCUAUGGCAAAAUUAGUCGGUACCCCCUGUGCAGUUGCAGCUCAGCAAAUUUUGGACGAAACCAUCAGCAAGCCGGGCCUCCUCGCACCAAUGUCCUCUGAAAUCAAUGAUCCUCUCAGGGAAACCUUAAGAGAUAAAUAUGGUAUAUCCUUAGCUGAGAAAACAAUAAACUUUUGA